UUCAGGCUUACAAGACAGGGCUUCAACUUUCUAGCCCUGAGAGAGCUAACCAACAGUAAGGUCAUCAAGUCACUGGGGAGUGUUAUUGGUGUGGGGAAAGAGUCAGAAGUUUACAGUGUUGAAGGGGAAGAGGACAGUCUCCUAUGCAUUAAGUUCCACAUUCUGGGCGAGCAGUCAUUUAGGCAGGUUAAAAAGAAGAGAGAUUUCCAUAAGAGGAAUGACUUUUUGUCUCGAUUUGAACUUUCAAGAAAAUCAGCUGAGAAAGAGUUUCUAUAUUUAGAAAAACUUUACAAGAAGGGUUUUCCCGUGCCCCAGCCAAUCAAAAACAACAGGCAUGCUGUUGUUAUGGAGUACAUUCAUGGAGAACCUUUGUAUGUAAGGCGCAAAGAGCUUCGAAAUCCUGGAAAACUCUACAGAGAGUGCAUGGACCUGAUUGUGCAGUUUGCCCAUCUUGGCCUCAUUCACGGCGACUUCAACGAGUUCAACCUUUUGCUAGAUGAAGAUGGUGAUGGGGAUUUGUUUUACUACGAUGACUGGAAGCUGUACGUCUUUGAUCUGCCUCAAGUCGUGUCAGUUAGGCACGAGAAUGCUGAAGAAUACUUCGAUAGGGAUGUUGAUUGCAUCCGGAUAUUCUUCAAGAAGAGAUUCCAUUACGAAUGCGACGACUACCCUCAGUUCAAAGAUGUUCUGGGAAAAAGGUCACCUGACCCCGAUCACGUGAACGAAGAUGAUGAUGACGUAGAGGAUGACCAUGAUGAUGAUGCAGCUACGAUACCUCUUGACGAUUUGAGGCUUGAGAAUGACGAUGAAAAUGAUGAUUGUUUGGAUGUUGAAUCGUGA